CCACUGCAGCUCGGAACCCUAUGCGCAUAAUCAAGAACCUCCGUGUUUGCAAUGAUUGCCACAAUGUAUUUAAGCUCAUCUCAAAGCUAACCGGCCGAGAAAUUAUAAUGCGAGAUAACAAGAGAUACCACCAUUUUAGAGAAGGUAAGAAUUUUCGAUACGUCCAUGGACAGAGGCGGCAAGAAAAUGGCUCUUCUUGUGGGCUGCAACUACCCGGGCACGCCUCACGAGCUCCGCGGCUGCCACAACGACGUUCUUGCCAUGCGCGACGUGCUCAUUGGUCGCUUUGGGUUUGAUCACAGCUGCGUCGAGCUCCUUGUGGACAAGCCCGGUAGCCCCAUCAUGCCCACGGGCACCAACAUCAAGAAGGCGCUCGACAAGAUGGUCAACCGGGCUGAACAUGGCGACGUGUUGUUCUUUCACUACUCAGGCCACGGGACUUUGAUCAAUUCUCGUCACAAUUUGUUUGGGAAGGAGGAAGCGAUCGUUCCGUGCGAUCUCAAUCUCAUUACAAGCGUCGACUUUAGGGAGCUCGUCAACCGCGUGCCUAAGGGCGCGACGUUCACGAUCCUCUCGGACUCAUGCCACAGCGGAGGACUUAUCGACAAGGAAACCGAGCAGAUCGGCCCAUCCAACCCGCUUGACAACGGGGCAAAAACCGUCGAUUCCCCCGCCCCCAAGCCGAAACACAUCCCAUCCGAAUCAAUACUCGAACAAUUGACAUCUAUAACGAGCAAGCGCAGCUGCACGGACAUCGGCGCACACUUGCUCGAGCUUUUCGGGUCGGACGCCAGCCUGGCAUUCCACGAGCCCACCGGUCGGCGGCUUGGGCCGGACGAAGGGAUACUACUCAGCGGGUGCCAGACCGACGAAACCUCUGCCGAUGUCGAGGAGGCCGGCGAAAACGGGAUUAUGAAGGCGUGCGGAGCGUUCAGCAAUGCGGUGCUGACGGUGCUGAAGGCGAGGCUGCCGGAGGCGGCGGGGCGGAUGAGCAACCGGGAAGUGGUGGUGAUGGCUAGAGAAGUUCUGGCUCAGCGGCAUUUUGUCAAACAGCAUCCGUGCCUGUACUGCAGUGAUCAAAAUGCUAAUGCUCCUUUCUUGGGCACGUUUGAAAAAUUAUAGUAGCUCAUUUAAGUAUUAUUUAUAUUUAUACAUGUUCCGAUUGCUAUUUAUGAUAAAAAUUAUAAAUACAUUGAUUAUCUCUGGUACAUGAAAUCAAAAUUAAUACUA